CCCUGACCGGUUAUGCGGAAGCCCAAUGGUCUCCCGUACCCCGGAGCCAGUAAGCUAGCCCGGCGCAGAGGUCUUUUAAAGCGGGAAAUCAGUCUACAGAAUCCGACCAGCCGCUCACGAUACCCAAGUAACAGUUAUCAGUUACAUAUAUACUAGCGGAUAAACGCUAUGUAUCACAAGUCCCUAUUCCCCCCUCUACCCCAAAUCCCCGAGCAGAACGUCCAUCACUUUCUACUCGACCGGCAAGACCAAAAAUCAUGGCCUGAUUUCACUUUCCAGGUAGACGUCCCUACGAGUCGGCGGCGUACGUUCAAAGAAUUCCUUGAACGAGUUCGUGACGGUGCGACCGCCCUCGGGACCGACGCCGAGCACGGUGGUCUGGGCGUCCUACGAGAAAACGACGAAAUCGUCGGCAUCCUCAGCGAGAAUUGCCUUGACUAUGUGGCCUUGGUACACUCUCUGUUGGCCAUCACAGUACCAUUCGUCACAUUUUCAUGUUACUCUACCACAUUCGAGCUCCAGCAUGCUGCAAAGGUCUCAGGGGCAACCCGCUUGUUCGUCAGUCCAACUCUUUUGCACCUAGCUCACGUCUCCGGCCUUCCCGACGAUCGUAUAUACAUACUCGAAGGAGAAGUAGAGGGUUAUACGAGCUACUCUGCGCUUGUGAACCGGGUACGGCGGAAGGGCAUGCCCCGCUUGCCAAUAAGGCCAGCACAGAAUGAUACUCUAGCCUACUUGGUCUUCUCAAGCGGAACGACUGGCCUACCAAAGGCGGUGAUGAUCACCCAUGGGAACCUGCUUGCUUCACUCUAUCAAUAUGCAGUUGCCGGCCAAGAGGUGGCCAAAGUCCAAAAACGGCAGAAAUGGAACGGCCCGGGAGGAAUGCAAGUCCUAUUCAAUGUCCUACCAAUCCACCACACAUAUGGUCUUAAUAUCGCAACUCUCCGAUGCUUUUCUGAGCCCGUGACAGUACUCUUCCUUUCCAAAUGGAAUUCGGAAACAUUCCUGGACGCGAUCCCUAAAUAUCGUGUUACGACUCUGUACCUCGUACCUUCACUGGUCUAUCAGCUCCUCCAUCACCCUCGAUUUAACGCUGCUGAUGUGAGCACUGUCCAAGCAAUACAAUGCGGCGCUGCAUAUCUUCCCGUUCACUUAGCGGAACGUUUGCAAUCACAGUUCCCCGGCGUGGAAAGGGUUGGGGAGGGAUAUGGCAUGUCUGAGUGCACGCUCGCAAUUUCCCGGAAGCCGGUACCAGGAAUGCUCGGGGGGCGUGCCAAAGAUGUACCUGGAUCCGCAGGAAUGCUAUUACCCGGUAUGGAAGCCCGUGUAGUGCGCGAUGAUGGAACGUUGGCAGCCGUCAAUGAAGCAGGAGAACUGCAUGUGCGAGGAGAUUGCGUUUCACCAGGGUACUGGAAGGACGAGGCGGCCACGAAGGCAGCGUUUGUAGACGGAUGGCUCCGCACGGGGGAUCGAAUACGAAUAGAUGCAGAUGGGGUUCUCUACUUCGAAGACAGAACAAAAGAUACUCUCAAGGUAUCGGGGAUGCAGGUGUCGCCGAUGGAAAUUGAGAAUACCAUUUUCAGUCACCCGGACAAGUUGGUUGAUGAUGUUACCGUUGCGGGUGUCAGCGGUGGUCGCACCUCGGAUGAACGUGUCCCGCGGGCGUGGAUUGUCUUGUCCCCAGCGGGGAAGGAGCUCGGCAGUGCACGAGCCGUGCAACGAAUAGAGGCUUGGGUACAGGCAUGCCUUAGCCGGUAUAAAUGGCUCAGGGGAGGAAUCGCAGUCAUUGAUGAGGUCGGUUGCCGUUGUCCGAUACGGGGUGUAAACAAGAUUGGCUAAACCGUUUUGUCACAGAUACCCAAAUCGUGCGCGGGCAAAGUACUAAGAAGGGAGCUUGUUGACCAAUAUGAAGCAACACGGACGACGAUGGCUAGACUCUAGAUAUU